AUGUUUUCUUGUCUAUUGUGUGGUCUUAUAGUGUGUUCACUGCUGGCCAGCGGUGCUAUCGCUCUGUUCGGUCCAUUAGGCGGACGGACAGCACUCCACGUCCAGUCUAUUUGUGAUGCUCUGGAAAUACCGCACAUUGAAUGUCAUUGGGAUAUGAGGGAUACCGUCGAUCAUCUCUCCAUUAAUCUCUAUCCAAAGCCAUCGUCUUUAUCACGAGCUUAUGUCGAUUUAGUUAAGGCUUGGAAUUGGAAGACAUUUGCCAUUGUCUACGAGGAUAAUCAUGGUGUCGUUCGCAUCCAAGACUUCUUGAAAGAAGCGCAACAAAACGGUUGGACUAUAAGUCUCUACCAGUUCUCUGGGAAGCCCUACAGAGACCUGUUUUGGGAAAUCAAAAAAACAAAGUUCUAUAACAUUAUCGUUGAUGUCAAACGACAGCAUAUAUUCUCUGUUCUUAAACACGCACAGCAGGUCGGGAUGAUGACUGAGUUCCAGAGUUAUCUCAUAACAUCUCUCGUAAGUGUCUCUUAUUAA